CGCACCUCUCUUCCCAGAAAGUACUAGCACCGCUCCGGUAGCGGCCACGUCGAGACAGCCCGAUAAGCACAGUAUGACCUACAUCAUACGUUCUGGGUUCGCUGGAGGAAUUGCUGGUUGCGUGGCCAAAACAUCUGUUGCACCUCUCGACCGUGUGAGGAUCUUGUUCCAAACUAGCAAUCCUCAGUUCACAAAAUACACGAAAUCCUGGGUAGGCUUCGCCCAGGCAUUACGGGACAUAUAUGGGCGAGAUGGAAUGAAGGGAAUCUUCCGCGGUCAUUCGGCAACAUUGCUAAAAAUCUAUCCUUAUGCGGCUAUAAACUUUGUCGCUCACGAACAGUAUCGAGCACUUAUCAUUUGUUCCAAGAGCCAGGAAACAUGGAUACGAAGGUUCUCCGCUGGUGCAUCGGCAGGUGUCACGUCGGUUUUCCUCUUAUAUCCUUUGGACAUCAUACGAGUUCGUCUAGCAUUUGAGACGAAGUCUAGGACCUCCUCACUGGUCGAAAUUUGCAGGAGGAUCUACCACGAACAACUACUCUCAAAUUCAGCACCAGUUGUUUCUGGGUCAACUUCUGGAGUGAUCAAAGACGUUGCAUUAGCCGCUACACCGCGGACAGGCGUGAUCAACUUUUAUAGAGGCUUUUCGAUGACGAUACUUGGCAUGGUUCCAUACGCUGGUAUGUCUUUCAUGACCCAUGAUGUAGUCGGCGACUUGCUCCGCCAACCCUCCGUCCAGAAAUACACAAUACUUGCUCAACCCGCCAAUGCGCCAUCAGAUAAGCCAGCACCUUUACGGGCUUGGGCUGAACUCACAUCGGGGGGCGUUUCUGGAGCAGUUUCGCAGACAGUCUCAUAUCCCCUGGAGGUCAUUAGACGGCGGAUGCAGGUUGGUGGCGCUGUGGGAGACGGACAUCGUCUCGGUAUAGGAGAGACAGCAGGUGUAAUAUUCAAAGAGCGUGGAAUUUCGGGAUUCUUUGUUGGCUUGUAUAUUGGCUACGUGAAAGUCGUACCUAUGGUCGCCAUAAGCUUUUACACGUAUGAACGGAUGAAAUCGUUCCUUGGUAUAUGAACGAAGAAAGCGGGAAAUUGAACGCAUCUAACGGGAGUAAGGUGUCUAUGAAAACCUCAGUUGGC